CAUUUCCUACCCUUUUUUCUUCCAUUCCACUCUCAUAUAACACCAUCCAUCUCAACAUGCUCCGCCAAUCCGUCCGUCCUCUUACAACCGCCAACCGCGCUCUCACCCGCUCCUUCUCUGCUCUUGCUCCAAGAAUGGGUGAAGGCGACACCGGUGCUCCUCGUGCUGGCGGUAUUCAGAGCGGGGAUUCCUUCACACGCCGGGAAGCUGCACAGGAAAGCAUGUACAUCCAUGAGAAGGAGAAGGAGAAGCUCGCAUCUCUCAAGAGAAAGAUCCAGGAACAACAAGAGCAUCUCAAUGAGCUUGAUAAGCAUCUUGAGGAGCUGAGCCGGAACCAGGGCGGCGAGAAGAAUUAAAUUCGAACAACAUCUACCUUACCAUAUCUGCACGU